GGAACUGGGGACUGCUAUACAGAGAGAGAACUACAAAGCAUCCUCAGGGCAAUAGGAACCCUAAUCCAAAGUCCCUAUACUUUUAUCAGAGCUAAUGGGCCCUCCAAAUUGUUUACCUACCAAAAAGGUACAGUAGCAAGGGGAUGCAAGAUUUCCAGUUUCUCCAUAGCUACCCCAUCUUUGCCACUACACAUAAAGAUAAACUAAGAUACCCUUUUAUGGCUUUUGGUCUUUUCCUGAAUCUUCAUGGAAAGGUGUGCAACAGAGGAACAUGGCUCAAGAAACUAAUCACAGCCAAGUGCCUAUGCUUUGUUCCACUGGCUGCGGAUUUUAUGGAAACCCUCGUACAAAUGGCAUGUGUUCAGUAUGUUAUAAAGAACAUCUUCAAAGACAGAAUAGUAGUAAUGGUAGAAUAAGCCCACCUGCACCUUCUGUCAGUAGUCUGUCUGAGUCUUUACCAGUUCAGUGCACAGAUGGCAGUGUACCAGAAACUCAGUCGGCGUUAGACUCUACAUCUUCAUCUAUGCAGCCAAGCCCUGUAUCAAAUCAGUCACUUUUAUCAGAAUCUGUAGCAUCUUCCCAAGUGGACAGUACACCUGUGGAUAAAGCAAUACCUGAAACAGAAGACCUGCAAGCUUCAGUAUCAGAAACGGCACAGCAGCCAUCUGAAGAGCAAAGCAAGUCUCUUGAAAAACCAAAACAAAAAAAGAAUCGCUGUUUCAUGUGCAGGAAGAAAGUGGGACUUACUGGGUUUGAAUGUCGGUGUGGAAGUGUUUACUGUGGCGUACACCGUUACUCAGAUGUACACAAUUGCUCUUACAAUUACAAAGCUGAUGCUGCUGAGAAAAUCAGAAAAGAAAAUCCAGUAGUUGUUGGUGAAAAGAUCCAGAAGAUUUGAACUCCUGGAAUACAAAAUCCUUUGACCAUCUGCAAACUAAAAAUUGACUUGAGGUUUUUUUGCUAGUCAUUGGGAAUGUAGAGCAAUGUAUCUUGCAUAGACCUUUUAAUCAUGCAUGUCAUCAGAAGAAUAGAUUUUUGUUUUUGUUUUGAAAAUGACUCUGAACAUUUAUUUACAUUGCAGUUUCUGUGGCUGAAAAGACUUAAGUAAACUUUACAAGUAUUAUCCUUUUAAGAUCAUUUUAAUUUUAGUUGAGUGCAGAGGGCUUUUAUAACAAACGUGGAGAAAUGUUGGAGGGCUGUGAUUUUUCCAGUAUUAAACAUGCAUGCAUUAAUCUUGCAGUUUAUUUUCUCAUUGUGUAUGUAUAUAUAGCUUUUCUCUGCAGCACGAUUCUCUUUUGAUAAAUGCCCUUUAGGGCAAAACUAGUUAUCAGUAACUGAAUGUAUCUUAAUCAUUAUGGCUGCUUCUGUUUUUCAUUAACAAAGGUUAUACAUAAAUGUUAGCAUAUAGUUUCUUUGCACCCACUAUUUAUGUCUGAAUCAUUUGUCACAGGAGAGUGUGUGCUGAUGAGAUUCUAAGUUUGUGUGUUUUUAAUUUUUUUUGAGCGAGGGAAGGAAAAGCUGUAUGCAUUUCAUUGCUGACUGCAGGUUUCUUUCAGAUUACGUUCAUUGGUCUGUGUGUAUACAAUAUGAAGAAUGAUCUGAAGUAAUUGUGCUGUAUUUAUGUUUAUCAGUCUUUGAUUAAAUAAAAAGGAAAA